GACUUUCACGGACCUUCCCCCUCCCUCCCGCAUGGGUUUGCUUGGAUGUUUAGGUAGGCGUAGUGACGACAUCAAGACGCGCCGAACGUUUUAGGUGUCGAACCAAGGCGAAAAGUAGAGUGAGUAUCGUCGCCUUUCUGGGUUCUUUGGCCCGAGAAGGGCAGUAUUUUGAAUAUCAUGUCUGGAAGCUUCUACUUUGUAAUUGUGGGCCAUCAUGAUAAUCCAGUGUUUGAAAUGGAAUUUCUACCAGCUGGUAAAGUAGAGUCUAAGGAUGAUCAUCGUCAUCUCAAUCAGUUUAUAGCUCAUGCUGCUCUUGAUCUAGUAGAUGAGAAUAUGUGGCUGUCUAAUAAUAUGUAUCUGAAGACUGUGGACAAAUUUAAUGAAUGGUUUGUUUCUGCUUUUGUCACUGCAGGACAUAUGAGAUUUAUAAUGCUUCAUGAUGUCAGGCAAGAAGAUGGAAUCAAAAACUUCUUUAGUGAUGUGUACGACUUGUAUAUAAAGUUUGCAAUGAAUCCAUUUUAUGAACCCAACUCUGCCAUUCGAUCGACUGCAUUUGAUAGAAAAGUUCAAUUUCUUGGGAAGAAGCAUCUCUUAAGUUGAAUAGCAAUGAAUUGAAAUAGUUUGACUCUUUUUCCUGAACAUGUGGAGACCAACCGGCUUUUCUCAAGAAGUUUAAAAAUGUGAAGAUGAGAAACAGGAACACAGCUUCAAGAGUUCAGACAUCACUAAUUAAUUGUAAUGAAUCAAUUCAAAUGUGUUAUAUUGUGCUGCCAAAACAUUAAUAUAUGGCUAGGUGAUCUACAGCCAGAGCUUAGGGAUUUCUGUGGUUAUUGGUAAGUGUUACAGUGAGAAAAUUUACUCUCUGUCCCUUAAGGCUUCAGUUGAGAUUUGUCAAUAUUAACUAGGUUUCAAAACCUUACUUUGGGGGAAUGGGAGGGGGCAGAGAAAAACACAUGUAUUAACUUGGAAACAAGUCUCUUGCAUUGGUUAAAAUCAGUCAAUUCCAAAUAAAUUCUUGUAACACCACAUAGGCCAGAAAGCCAUUGUCAUAAUUACCAUAAGGGGCAAAUGGCCAUUAAUGAAAAGCAUAACUUAAGCUCAAUUUUCUUUUGCUAUGCCAGUGGUCACAAUACAAAUUUGCAGACUCCAUUGAUUUCUAGUAUGGUUGAGGCUAAGGGUGCAGUUGUAAAUAGUUAUCUCACUGCUUUGAAGCAUCAAAAAAACAGCAGCAGCCUUGGUUUAGAACUUCCAUAGACAGAAGGAUUUCUGCUUGCAGAUGGCAUCUACCUCUACCUCGCUACCGCCCGAAAUGCUCCCUGAAAAGUAGUAGAUACACUCCAUAGGCAAAAAUCUUCCGCCUGUGAACACGCUUCAGUGAAGACCAGCCUGUAACUGCAAAGACUGUUUGUGGAACUUAAGCAUAUUCUUCAGUUCAACAGUACUUCUCUUUAAAUUGUGGUAUUUCAUUACAUAAACAUACUGGUGAGAUGACAAACCCUGCAUUUUGUUGUAAAAAGUUGCAUUGACAUUCCCAAAUAAAAAUGUUAUAACAUGA